AUGUCACUUCUUCGUCCUUCAAUCACAGGGCGAUUACUGCGCACCGCGGUUCCUACUGCACUGCGUUCUGUACCAAAUGGCGUGAGGUACGAGCAGACAUCUUCAGGUGUCCCUCUUACACCUUCAAACAUGUCGCAACCUAAACAUUCUACCGGGGAAUCAUCGAUGAUCAAUCAUCCACAAUCAAAGGACAAGUUGGUUAAGCAUAAUCAACCACAUUAUGGAGCGGAGGUUGAUCAAGCUGCUUCAUUAUUCACACCAAUCCCAAAGCGUGUUAUGAAUGGUAGCGAAGAUGGAGACGUCUUACCCGCAGCAGUUUUAUCUGGUGCUCCUGUCGAGUUGCAAGCUCGGACAGUUCGCAUCUAUCGACCUGCUAAAACUGCCACACAAUCUGGUGACUGGCACGGUCAUCACUGGCGCAUGGACUGGGAUAUUUUGUCUAAGGGUCACCGUUGGGAAAAUCCUCUUAUGGGUUGGCAAUCAUCCGCCGAUUUUAUGCAAGGCACACACAUCAACUUCAAAACUAAAGAGGAUGCUAUCAGAUUUGCCGAGAAGCAAGGUUACGAGUUUUUUGUUCAAGAGCCGAAUGAGAGGAAAGUUGCACCUAAGGCAUACGCGAAUAACUUUUUAUGGAGUGCUAAGAAGUUGAAGCACAUCAGGACGAAGUAA